AUGCCAGAGAUGCGGAACAAUUGAGCAAGAACAAGGUGACACAUAUUCUGUCUGUCCAUGAUAGCGCCAGGCCAAUGUUGGAGGGAGUUAAGUACCUGUGUAUUCCAGCAGCGGACUCACCAUCUCAAAACCUGACAAGACAUUUCAAAGAAAGUAUUAAAUUUAUUCAUGAGUGCCGUCUCCAAGGUGAGGGCUGUCUCGUGCACUGUCUGGCUGGGGUCUCCAGGAGUGUGACGCUGGUGGUUGCAUACAUCAUGACUGUCACUGACUUCGGCUGGGAGGAUGCCCUGCACACUGUGCGUGCAGGGAGGUCCUGUGCCAACCCCAACCUUGGCUUCCAGAGGCAGCUCCAGGAGUUUGAGAAGCAUGAAGUGCAUCAGUAUCGGCAGUGGCUUAAAGAAGAAUAUGGUGAGAGCCCUCUGCGGGAUGCAGAAGAAGCUAAAAACAUUCUGGUCAAGUCUGCUUCAUAGUUGAAAAUGGUCAAUCGUGAUUGCUAUUGAAGCCAAAGGAAAAGGUAUCAAUAUCAUUGUGCUAUUUAAAGUUUAUACUUCAAGCUCCCAUCAUGCUUUCUAGUGGUAAACACCCACCUUGGGUCCAUACGAGCAUCCUGAGUUUGCAGUUGGGGCACCAGGCAUCCUGGGACACUAUACACAAUCCUAUGUCCAGUCUUUUAUAGUAACUCCAAUUUCUUAAGGACUCAGAGCCACACAAAUGAAAAUAUAUACUCAAACUCUCCCUAAAAAAGUGUUGCAACUGAAUUUCUCUGAAUUACACACACACACACACACAUACACACAAGCCCCAGAAUAAGAAGAGCAAUAUUCCUACUUACAUAGAAGGUGAGCUCUUUGGGACCAGGAAAAGUGAAGUUGCCAACUGUACACACGUAUAUAGGCCACGUAGGUACAAUGACUGAGAAAGGAAAACAUGGCUAUAGAAUCAUUCAUGGUCACCUAGAACAGUUUACCUAUAAAAUACAUUUUUUCCUUAAACCAAAAAGAAAUGUAAAUAUGCUAUCAGAAGUAACUAGGAGAACUGAGGGUAUAAUUCAAUGGUAGAGCAUUUGCCUAGCAUGCACAAAGCCCUGGGUUUGAUCCCCAGCACUGAAAAAGAAAACGAACAAAAAAAAUUUAGCACACUAGAAUAGAUGCUUAAAUAUGUGUACAUGUUUAUGAACAACUGCAUAUAGGUUUUGAAAUGUUUUAAUUUUUGUUGCCAGUAAUGUUCUUUCUCCACAGCCACCCCAGGAAUUCUGAAGUACUGGGCCUUUCUCAGAAGACUAUAAUAUAUCCGAAGUUUCUGAAAUAUUGCAAAGUUCAUGCUUGGUGCUGCCAAAAAGAAAAACAACUAGAGUUUAUUUUUAAGUAACUGAGUAGUGAUUUGUAAACUUGUUUUCAUUUUAAACUGAAUAAAUAUAUAAUCACAUUGUAAUAUGUUGAGAACUAUGGAGAUUCUUUGGCAAGAGAAAAUAUGUUACUUUACUUCCACUACUGUGACUAUUUCUUUACCCUGACUUAUGCCUGUAGAAUUAUCUCAGGAGCCCUGCUGCUUUGUUUUGGUCACUGUUUAGUAGUCAGCACCUGGGGAUUGUGCAGUGUGAAGUCUGCUCUCAUGUUCUUAAAUUCCCCAGCUUGGCAAAUAUCUAUUGGCGUGUGUUUUAUCCAUUGUUUGUGUUCUCCAUGGUGGAAUUUGCCAAAAGUUACACAUUUUAAUAAAGGGAAAUUUGACCAACAUCAUGUGCAGGACAUUAUUCCUUAGGUGAGAAGGUUACAUCAUUUGUCUGUGAAAGACCACAAAGCAGCAUUUAAUCUGCUCCUGUUCUUGGCCAUGCUCUCCUCCAAAAGGUAGUACAGUGGGUGCUAGGAGGGGCAAACUAAGGUCUCAAUGGCACAAAACUGAUCCCUGGAACUGGGGAAGUAGCUCAAUGGUAGACUGCUUGCCUAAGAAAAACAAAAAAGAAAAAUUAGUCCUCAUUGUGGGUUGAAAGAAAUUCAGACAUUGAAGUUACGUUUUGCCUGCAUUAGAGUGAAGACUGAAUGGUUAGCACCCCUGGAAUUAUUGCAUUUAGCACAGAAUAAAUAGUCCAGGUAUUCCAUGAACUUUUGCCAUACAUUAUUGAAGACAGUUAUUCUAAUUCCCUAUUCUGCUUUUAAAAAGCAGGAACACAGACUAGCUUGAAGAGCAAUUUAAGUCCACUUACUGAA